AUGCAAAUAAAAGAUUUGAUUUACAGACAAAAGCGAUCCUUUUUAUUUCCGAAUGGUGUUGAGCUAUGUCCAGAGGAAACUAUCUCACAGGCCAUUGGCAACUACCUUAAAUAUUACAAGCUGAGAGUGUGCCAGGAGGCAGUAUGGGAAGCAUUCAAAACUUUCUGGGAUAGGCUACCUGCACGACAUGAACAUCAAGCCUGGAUGAAUGUGUGUGAUCAAGGAAUCAUAAAUAUUUUUGACAUUGGUGUAAACUUCAGCCAAUCAGAGGAACAUCAAACCCUGAUUAAGGAGACCCCCAGUGACAUUGAACAAGUUACAAAGAAGCUAUCAAAUCAAAUGUUGGAAUUCAUCAUCCAGAUUGCUGGAAAGAACUACACUGAGAACCUCUCUGACCCAGCUACAAUGGAUUAUCAGAAAUUAGCUGAUAAUGUCAAUGCCAAGAUGGAGAAGGUCUUUGGAAAACUUCCAGGAUAUCAGACAAUUAAUAUCUUGGAGUUCAGGGAACAUCCAAAUCCAGACAGCAGUAGUAAUGUGGCAGUUCACUACACUGUGACAUUUGAUGGGAAUUCUCGAGCAUUACCAAACGAAACAAUUAAUUUAAUCGAUGUGAACUCCAAUAAAGUAGAAGAUGACCUUUCCUUUGAAAUGGAAAAUCAGCUUACAGCUGCGUACACUAUAAUCGAUUUCAGGAAUCUCAUAGUUGAAGCCCUGCAUAAGGAAAAUCUUAUUGGAAAUUCAUCGCUGACUUUUAAUCCAGAGACUCUUCAUCUUAUGAAUGAACAUUCAACAAGUCUUACACUUGGAGGCAUCGACUUUGACCCGGAAAAUCGAGCAACAGUACUUGCAAACAAAGACGAUGAGUCAGAAGAUUCCCUAUUGGGUGCUGAAGUUCUAUUACAGUCACAUUCAACAGUUAUUGAUCUGCUAUCUGAUCAAACAACUGAGGAAAGAAUGUCAGAAGCAGCAAACACUCCUAUUGCAUUAACUGACUAUAUUACAUCUUUGGAACAACAAAAUGUUUCUGAAGUGAAGGUACUAGUGCCAGCUAGCACAACUUUUGCAAUAUUUGCAUCAUCUGCCACAGAUCUGACCUCAGUGAUUGGUAGUGAAAACUUAAAAGAGACCUCUGAUUUGUCCACAGUACAGGGCACUAUAUCAAACACAUCUGAUGGUGCAAAAAAGCAGCCUAGUUUUGAUACACCUGCUAUUUUUGAUUAUGAGUCUGGAUCAGGGACUGAGCAAGAUGUUUUGUGGUCCUGGACUACAGCUGUCCUCCAGCCUGUUGCUUUUGACAAGCCAGAAAGUGGGUCACAGGACAGCAAUUCAGUUCAAUUCACACAUAUGCAAAUUUAUGAUGAAGUUACUAUGGAUUAUCUGACAAAUCUACCCAGUGUAAAUACAGGUGAUUUGAUUGAUCAGCCUUCUGAAACAGAUGCAGUUACUGUUAUCUCAAAUGAAAUAGAUGUACCUUUGUUAAUUGAAACAGCUUCAGACAACGAUGUUGGUAUUGAAAUCAAAUCUCAUAUUGCAGAGGUGAUAACUAAAAAAGCCCCUGCUGAAUGGAUUCAAGAUAAUCUAUUAGAAUUAACAAUACAAACAUCUGAACCAAUAGAAGUCUUCAAUUACUAUUCCAAUGACUCAACCUUAAGGGCUCAACCCUCUACAGAACACUCCACAACACUGGAGCCAACUGAAAAGUCCUUUGUUGCAGCGCUGCCAGUCACUGAAUUAGCUAGCAAAGGUCAAGUAAUAACAGAACCCUUUGUCACAGAGCAUCUAGGAACAGAGUCAUCUAUCAGGGGAAAUCCAGUUACUACUUCUUUCAUUAAUGUACAGUUCACAACAGGAUCACUCGCCAAAGAACAUAUAUUAACUGAAUUGGACAGUGCACAGCAAGGAAUGUUAGAAUCAGCCACCAUGGAACAUGCUGUAAUAAAAUCUCUUUCCACAGAAGAUGUGGUAAUAGAGCCAUCCACAAUGGGUCAGCUGAUCCCAGACUCACCUUCCAUAAAGCAAUUUAUCACAGCAUCUUCCAACAUGGAGCAACUGAUAACAGAAUCAUCCACCAUGCCUGAUUUCUCUCCGUCACUGCAGGCAACCACAGAAUCGUCCGUAGUGUUGCACCCCUCCAUAGAUACAGUCUCCAUAGGCCAAUCAAAAUCCGAUUCUUCAGAUGCAGUCCAACCAAACACAGAGUUAUCUAACUACUUGCAACCUUCUACCACAAUCGAAACCGAAUUCUCCAAUGUUAUUGUUUCUGAAUUGAACAACUCUGUCCAACAUAACACUGGUACUUCCACUUUGAUGGGACCUGCUACACAAUCAAAUACAGCAGUGCAGGGCUUUAUUGGUGUGACUAUUUCAGAGCACAAUGUUAGCAAAUCAUCCACUAUUCUUCAAGCAUUCAGUGAAUAUGAUAAUGGUGUUUAUUCUGAUGAUGAAUCGAUCAGGGGAAUCCAUCCCAUGACAACAUCUCCAGCAGUGCAACCUGCCAGUAAAGCAUCUGCUGCAGUGGAUAUAAUGGCAGAGUAUUUUCCUAUAGGCCACCAUGAUUUAACUAUUAUAGAGCACAAUGAAAUACUACCUCCUGAGGAUACAUCCCAGGAUGAAGCAGUAUGGUCUGAGGUUCAAGAUAUCUCAAGUGAGUUGGAUCAUUCAGAUAUAAUCCAGCCUCAUGAAGAAUCAGAUAAUGAAGAAAUGCCUAAUGAAGAAUUAGCAGUUGCUGUUCCAACAAUGAGAGCAAACACAAGUCUUAAUCACAUAUCUCGGCAGGCACUGGUAGUCUUUUUCAGCCUGCGUGUGACAAAUAUGAUCUUUUCAGAUGACCUGUUCAACAAAAGCUCCCAUGAGUACAAAGCGCUAGAACAGCGAUUCUUGGAAUUACUUGUUCCCUAUCUGCAGUCUAACUUGACUGAUUUUAAGCACCUUGAAAUCCUAAACUUCAGAAACGGUAGCAUCAUUGUGAACAGCCGAAUGAAGUUUGCAAAGCCUGCUCCACAGGAUGUUACCAAUGCAGUUUACCUGAUCCUGGAUGAUUUCUGCAACACAGCGUACCAAACUAUGAACCUUGCCAUUGAUAGAUUUUCUCUGGAUGUCGAGUCAGGUGAUGGUGCUGACCCUUGCAAGUUUCAAGCCUGCAAUGAAUACUCUGAGUGUUUGGUGAACCAUUGGACAGGAGAGUCCGAAUGUGUCUGUAAUACUGGGUAUAUGAGUGUGGAUGACCUGCCCUGUCAAAGCAUUUGUGAUAUAGACACAGAGUUCUGCCUUAAUGAUGGCAAAUGUGAUAUCAUCCCUGGCCAAGGAGCAAUCUGCAGGUGUCGUGUGGGUGAGAACUGGUGGUAUAGAGGAGAGCACUGUGAGGAGUAUGUCUCUGAAACUCUUGUCAUGGCCAUUGCCAUAGCUUCAUUGGCCGGUUUCCUUUUGGUAGCUUCUGCUGUGAUUUUUUUCAUAGCCAGAACUCUUCGUGCUCAAUAUGCCAAAAAUGCUCCUCAAGAAUCUACAGAUCAAGGUAAUGGCCUGGAAUCAGUGGAGAAUGGAACAAAAUAUAAUCCUAUGUAUGAAAGCGAUGCCACCACUGGAUAUAGUCACUACAACAGGCGUUACCCUCAACAGGCCUCGUACAGCUCAGGCAGUGCAGAGGCCUCUGCCAACUUCAGCAGUGAUGAGAUCCGACACAUCUAUGAGCACACUGAACUUAGCAAGGAGGAAAUUCAAGACAGACUACGGAUCAUAGAUCUGUACACUAAGGAUCGGCAGUUUGCAGAGUUUGUGCGACAACAUCAGAUAGCCGUGGAUAAUACUGAAACAAAUCCUACAAAUUAGUCUCUCAGAAGAAGUGGAAGGAAACUAUAA